UCUUCCAUUUUGUUUGCCUCUAACUUGACAGUAGUGUUAGUGGUGUUGGGAUUCAGUGUGGCAGCAGGGGAAAACAGGGAAAUCUGGGAUAUCUGGGAAAGGGGAGUCGGUGAAAACCGGGACUAAACCGGCAGAAACCCCGACGAAGCCUUGACCGUUAGACCUCGGGCUUUCCCACCGGACACCUCUUCUCUGUCUUGCUGCUGGUGGCUGCGGCUUUUCUCUCCCAGAAAUCUUCCUGAAUCCGCACAGCUGAUUGAAUUCAUCCCUUCUGUACUGUGUUGGAGCAGGACUGAGUAGUGUUAGCACACCAAAGAUGGAUCAGCUGUCAGAUGAAGAGGUGGAGGUCAGGGAGGAAGAGGAGGAGGAAGAGGAGGACAGCGAUAAGGAGGACCAGGACCUGGAUAAGAUGUUUGGAGCCUGGCUUGGAGAGCUGGACAAACUCACACAGAGUCUGGAUGAUGGACGCCCAGAACAACCCCCUCAGCAGAAGGCUCCCCUCAGACAGGAGACUAACAUGGCUAACUUCUCCUACAGAUUCUCCAUCUACAACAUCAAUGAGGCAUUAAAUCAGGGUGAGAACGUGGACCUCGAUGCUCUCAUGGCUGACCUCUGCUCGAUCGAACAGGAACUCAGCACCAUCAACGCCAAACCCAACAGCGCUGGCAGCAUGGCUCGCCUGGGGUUGACCGACACCAAGGUCCGUCAGAAGCCUCCAGCAGGCCGUAGCAGCAGACAGCAGCCAGCAGGGAGCAGCAGCGGUGGUGGGGGCGGUGGAAGUGGUAGUAACAGUGCUAGCGGUGGUGGGGGCAGCAGUGGGGCCAGCAGCAGCAGCAGCAGCACCCGGGCAUCACCUGCUGGCACUAUCAGAGCUCCCACCGGGCAUCAUGGGAGACCACCACUGGCAUCUAACUUCAGUCUUGAUGACAUCACUGCCCAACUGGAGAAGGCAUCCCUCAGUAUGGAUGAAGCUGCUCGUCAGACCUCCUCCCAUUCUCUUAGCUCCGCUUCCUCCUAUACGUCAGCCACAAUGCGACGGCCUGGAUCCUCUCAGCGCCAGCAUCGACGUACAGGAUCAGUCGGCACAGUCAGUGAACAUGAGAUGCGUUCAGUUGUUCAAUCCUCACGCUCCUCAGUCACCUCAGCUUCCGGGAUCUCUGUUAACUCGGCUUCUUCCAUGGAUUCGUUGGACAGUGUUCUUCGCACCAAUGAGUCAGACAGUCAGCAGUCUUCAGUCACGGCCUCAGCUGGAGCCAGUCAUGGUCAUCACAACACAGAGCACUCCUAUCUGGACAAGGAAACCUCUCUGAUUCUGAAAAACAUAGCAGGAAAGCCCUCCCACCUGCUGACCAAGGAGGAGCAGGCUGCCAAGCUGAAGGCAGACAAUAUCCGAGUUGCCCUUGAGAAGAUCAAAGAGGCCCAGGUUAAAAAGUUGGUGAUUCGUGUCCAUUUGUCAGAUGAGAGCUCAAAAACCAUGAUGGUGGACGAGAGACAGACAGUCAGACAGGUUCUGGACAGUUUACUGGAGAAAUCUCACUGUGGCUACAGUCCAGACUGGUCACUGGUGGAAACUAUCAGUGAGCUACAGAUGGAGCGGAUUUUUGAGGAUCACGAGAACCUGGUAGAGAACCUGCUAAAUUGGACCAGAGACAGCCAGAACCGCCUGAUGUUCACUGAACGCAUUGAGAAGUACGCUCUGUUCAAAAACCCACAGAACUAUUUGUUGGGGAGGAAGGAAACAUGUGAGAUGGCGGAAAGAAACAAAGAGGCUCUGCUGGAGGAGUGUUUUGGUGGAAGCUCAGUGUCAGUCCCCGAGAUGGAGGGAGUGUUGUGGCUAAAAGAGGAUGGAAAGAAGUCGUGGAAGAAACGCUACUUUCUCCUGAGGGCUUCUGGCAUCUACUAUGUUCCUAAGGGAAAGGCUAAGGCAUCCAGAGACCUGGUGUGUUUUCUCCAGUUGGAUCACGUUAAUGUCUAUCAUGGCCAGGACUACAAGAGCAAGUACAAGGCCCCUACAGAUUUCUGCAUGGUGCUGAAGCACCCUCAGAUCCAGAAGAAGUCUCAGUACAUCAAGUACCUCUGUUGUGAUGAUGUCAGAACCCUCCAACAAUGGAUCAACAGUAUUCGCAUUGCCAAGUAUGGGAAGCAGCUGUACAUCAAUUUCCAGGAGGCAAUGAGGAGGACUGAGGCGGCCUAUGAUUGGUCCUCCCUCUCUUCUUCCUCUAUCAAAUCAGGAUCCAGCUCCUCCAGCCUUCCAGAGUCCCAGUCCAACCACUCCAGCCAGUCUGACAGUGGUGUUUCAGAGAUGACAUCAUCAGGCCACACAAGGUCCCAGAGUGUCGUCAGCUCCAUCUUCUCCGAUGCCUGGAGGAGAGGAACGCAAGGAGAGAUGAUGAAGAUCGACCCUAUCAGUAGGCCUAUCCCUGUCCAUAUACCUACCAUCUCUCCCCAGCCCGUCCCUCUCUCUCAACCUCAGACCCCACCCUCCCGGACUAGCUACACUGACGGCCUCAUCCCAUCUGAGGAUUCCUCCCCAUCGCCGCCCUCACCUCCUCCACCUCCACCUCCUCCACCUGUUGCAAGUGUGGCCCAUCAGACAGCACCUACCUCCUCAUACAUAAAGUACAGCACGCUCGCUCGCCUGCAAAGCCAGAACCAGUCCAGGACACAACCGGUAGGAGUGGCCCCACCUGCCCCUCCCAUCCAGUUGACCAAACCUAACUACAACACACUCCCAGCUUCUUAUAGCACAUCCCCCCCAUUACCACCGUCUCCUCCACCUCCUCCUCCACCCACAGAACCGGCUCCUGGCUCAGCUAUGGCUGCACUGAAAUUUGGUCCAUCAAGCCCUUCUGCUCUCCCACCACCACCCCCAAUGGAGGAGGAUGUACAGGAGUCGUACCUCCCGCCCCCUCCACCAGAGAGCCUGGAAGCCAAUGGGUUGCCUCUGCCACCCCCUCCAGAGCCCAUCCUCAACUCUUGCCCUCAACUCUCUAACAGUGGCCUCCAGCAGUUCCUGGCACAGAAGUUUCCCAACAUGGUGUAUGACUUCAGCCCCCCAGUGGCUGAGGAUAAUUCUCCUCCUCCUCCUCCUCCAGCUGAGCUUUCUCCUCCUACCUCCCUGCAAGUUCUUCGGCCUCUGUCCCCCAGUGCGCCCCCUCCGGCACCUCCUAAAACCUUUACCAGUGGUUUUCCUCCUCAAACUGCUCCCAAACCCUCAGGUCCUUCUUCUCUUCCAAUUGCCCUCUCACCUGUGUCACCAACACAACCCCAUAGUGGCCAUGGGCCAGUUAAAAAGCAGCAAAGUUUCUCAACAGGACAUUCCCCAAAUCAGCCACCUCCCACUCUGCCAAAGCAGCACAGCCUUUCCUCCAAAAACCUUGCCCUCUCUCCCUCUUCCCCCUCUUCUUCAGUCUCCAUUGCUGCAGCUACCUCCUCUUUGGUCAAACAGAUUGUCAAUCAGUUCCCAGGAAAUUCUGCCCCUUCCUCUCUGUCUGCGUCCAACUCCAUGGAAGGAUCUAAGUUUGGUGCUCCUCACUCUCCUCCUGCAGUCAAGGCCAAACCAAAGUGGCAGCCCGGAGGCAUUGUGGCCCCACAGUCCCCAGAGUUCCCUCCACCUCCUCCUGACAGCUCCCUGGGAGAUUUUCCUCCUCCUCCCUCUUCAUCCUCCUCCAAGACGGGCUCCCCCAUAAAGAAGUCACCUUCCACCUCGUCCACAGGAUCCACCAAGCGUGGGCCUCCACCAACCCCACAGAGAGCUUCCUCCAUACGGGGCAGCUCAUCAGCUGAGAUCCAGGAUGAGAGACCUAAGAAGGUGGAGAGCCUGGUCAGCAAAUUUGGCCAAGCUCCUCAAACAGGUACCUCAUCCAACUCUUCAUCAGUGACUGGGUCUCCAUCAAAAGAUACUUCUGGGCUCCCUGCUCCACUCCCUAAGCCAGGUAAGCUGAACUUGGCAAGCCUGCCAUUGGCAAUCCAGGGGCUGCAAACAGGACAGCACCACCAGUCCUCCGAGUUCCCAUCCCCUCCUCCCCCACCUCCCCCUUCCCAGCCCCUUCACCUUGACUCAUCACCUGACUAUUUCCCUCCUCCGCCCAGUGACUCUGAGCUUUUCCCUCCUCCUCCCCACCCAUCAGAGUUCCAUCAUCCCCCAAAGGUCGCCGUGGUGAACCCCCAGCCUCAAUUGCAGCCACCUCAACAGUCAGCAACUUCCUUGUCUUCAUCAUCAUGGAAACAAGGCUCAGUGAAAAAGGGGGCAGUCCCUCCUCCAGCACUGAACCGGCGGCCCAGCAACACAGCCCAGUAUGACAAUACAACUUCAAAGCCCCUUUCCCCACCUCCUCUGUCUCAGACCCCACCUCCCUCCCUGUCCUCUUAUUCUGCCUCCUCCUCUCCUGUCCCACCCACAUCCCCAAAAUCAGCAGGGCCAGGCUCCCUGGCACUAAAGCCUCUGUUCCUGGAAGACCUCAACCGCACUCUUAAGAGGAAGUCAGUGUCCCGCCAUGGCUCACUCACCUCUUCCCACCUCAUCUCCUCCUCUAAGAUGGAGCCUGUGGGCACCAUGGACGACAUGGCACUCCUGCCACCUCCUCCCCCUGAGCUCCUGCAGCAGCAGCAGCAGAGUGUCCGAGGGCACUCUCACACUUUGUCUCGCCACCACACACACUCACACUCCACCAAACAUGCCAACAUCUCAGGCUAUGCAACACUGCGGCGAGGCCCACCUCCCGCUCCUCCAAAACGGGACCAAAGCACCAAACUGACCAGUGAGUGGUAGGGAGGAAGGACCCUGGAUGGAACCUAAAGAACUGAAAUGACUAUUUAGGUCUCAUCAUUUCUGCAGAGAAGAAGUAAUCAAUAUCUGUCUUGACUGUCUUGACUUGUCCGUGUCUCCUCAUCCUUGGAUUCAGAGCAAGUAGCAAGCCGUCUUUUAUGAUUGUUCCUAUUAUCCUCGUUAUUAUUAUUAUUAUCAUCCUCAUCAUUACUAUCAUUACAAUACAUGAUGUUUAAUCCAAUGACAUGACUAAUGUAUGUGUGUGCGUGUGUGUGGUUGUGUGUGUGUGUGUGUGUGUGUGUGUGUGUGUGUAUAUAUACACACAAGCAAGCCAGAAAAAUCACAUGUUAAGCUUUUUUCACAAUGUCUGUGCAGCUUUGCAUUGAAAUAUACAAAAGACAAGACUUGAAUGACAACAGCAACAAAGACAAUAUGCUGCCAAAUAACUGGUACUGCUUGGAGCUCUGGCAAUUGAAGUAGUGUUAUUGAUGAGGGGAAGGAGAGAUCAAUGGAAGGAACAAGAGAUGCAGAAGUGGGAUGAUGUGUACAGAAAUGUAUUUUAUGGACUGAGGGGUGGGAGCAAUGCCAUUUCUUUCAAACUUUUGUGUGUGCGUGUUUUAUAUAAGAUUAUUUAAUACUGGAAAGAUAAUAUUAUUAUUUUAUGUUGUGUCAAAAGAGAAGGAGUUUGACUGAACAUGGGUCCGUAUUGUCAAAUUGUGUCAAAGUGUUGAUCUGGAUUACCAAACUAGUAUACAGUUAGUUUUACUGAGAUUAUAUUUGGAUCAUUACACAAAUAAUAUUUCUUUAAAUUUAGAGCUUCAUAACUGAUUUUUUAGGGACUCUGAAGGCAUAAGACUUAAUAUUGAAAUGCACACCGAUUGAACAAAUACUUCUCAUAAAUCAGUGAGAGAAUCAGCCCUUAAAGCUAUGCUCAGAUUACUGGCAAAUUGAAAUCCUUGUCAUUUUAGAAAUCAAAUUGCAUCACACAAUUUUAUUACAAUGAUUACACCAGAGGGAUGGGUUACAUAUACACAAGGUUGUUUUUGCAUCUUCCUGCACAUUUGUAAAAAUCAAAUGUCCUGCUUUCAUGUCACAUGUCCAACUAACCCAUCCAAAUAGAAUUCUGUUUUUUAUCAACCAGUUGACAUUAUCAGGGGCCUCAUUACAGAAAAUGUUUCUAACUGCUUGUCCUUUGUGAAGUUUCAAAGACAGGAAAAAACUUUCUAUGAGAGAAUCAACUCCUAAACUUAACCUUGAAUCUUAUCUUAACUUAGAAAUCCUAGCUAGAACUCUAAACUUAAUUCUUCAAUGGGCAGCUUCCUAUGAUGUCUGUAUUUCUGUUCAGAAUGUACACGAGACUGUUUGUACCCUUGAUAAUAGCUGUCUCAGUUCACUUGUCAAUGUACUUCUGGUUAGCUUGCUUGUUGUAAUGCAGAAUUAAAGAUGGGCAUUCAAUUUAAGAUGUGAUAAGUCAGCAGUAUUAACUAAUUGUGUAGGUGGUGGGGAGGAUAUACUGUAUACCCAUAAAUAGAUGAUCAGGGAAAUUUAAAGCUAAAGGCUAAUGCCUGUGUUAGCCUCUUCAACAAUUCCUUUCAAAGACAAUAUUUUAAUGUCCAUAUUGUUCCCAUCUUCAUUGUUCUUGCCAUACAGACCUUACAACAGUGGCACUGCCAUUCCUGGCGCUUAAUGUGAAUGAAGACCUUAGCCAUUCUAACUUAGGAUUCCUAACUUAAGAAAUUCUUCAGUUAGCUAUUCUGUAACAGCUAAAUUCCUGAGAUAGAAAUCCUUGUGAUUGACUGGCAAACAGCAGUGUACCUCGCCUAUCACUACUCUCAGCUUCCUCCCUGCGACUCUUCUGUUACGAAACAUUUUUCUCUAAUACAUUAAAUCCUAAAUGUCAUCCUAAAUUGAGUUAUGAUAGGAUUUUGGACUUAAUAAGUAUCUGUAAUGAGGCCCCAGGGCUGCCAAUCCUAGACUCAGUCAGAACCUUCCUUAAUCUGAGCUCAUUCUUCAGUAGACAACAGCAAGCAAAUUUGAAUGGAUUUUGCUGACAGACUUGAUUACCAUCUUGUAUAAACAGGCAAUAGUAUAUAAUAGUCAAUUUAUCAGUCAGUUUUGCAGUCAGUCAUUUAGUUAGAUAAUUGUUUGCUAGUGGACCUAGCAUCUAGUUAGCUACAAUGAACUCAGUCUAGAAGGUGAUCAUCAAUCAGUCCCUUGUUAGUCAUUGUAACAACAGGCCAAUCACGUUGCUAGUUAGUUAUUAAAGGUGUGCAUCCACUUAGCAUUGUAAAUGAUCAGAGAAACCCAAAGGAUGGCCACGGGAACAAGUGCCUGAAAAACAACAUGUUCAGACUGCUCAGAGGUGUGUGUGGUAAUGUAAUACCCCACAAAAACCCUUGACUGUGACUUCUAUGGAGUUAACCAUUAAACGUCUGACAUUUUGAAGUCAGGAGUUUAGGUUUACCAUUCACACACUGCAAUCCAUGUCAAAUGCUGUACUCAGAAGAUCCAAAUUUGGUCAGAAUGAGGAAGUUUUGCAGGAGCUGAAGUGGGACAUCAAGGAGCAACUAACAUGGGUGAGAGUAAUAGGCUUGGACAACUGUCAGACAAGAGAACUUAGCCCUUUUAAGCCUUAAUUUUGCAUCAAUGGAACAGUGGUUCUGAAAAUAAUCAUGACAGGUCGUAGUGGAACAGGCAAUUACAGCUGCAGCUCUCAUGACCUCCCGUAUUCACUUAUGAUUCUUCAUGUCUUACUUGGGAUCAAUUCUGUGUUGCUCUGUCUCUGCUGUGGUAAACAAUAGGUUUGUUGUUGUAAUUACAAUGUUCAGCCUCCUCCACUGUGAUAGGUAUAUUAAUGAAUGACUGAGGAACACAACCUCAGAUUUUUUUAAUGGCCAAAUUUAAUCUAAAUUUUAAACUUUGAAAGUUAAAAAAGUAAUAUUUUUCAGAAAAACUGUCAUUCAGUGGUUGCAGUAUCUCAGAUAUGUAUAUUAACAGUUUUUAGUAGUCAUCUGUGAUGGUAAAUGAAAAGCUUUGGGUUUUGGACUGUUUGACCAAAAGUCCAAAACCUGGGUCAACCUGGGCUCUAGAAAAUUUUGAUCCAUAUUUUUCACUACUUUCUGAGCUUGCUGACAUUUACCUUGGAGAACCUGAUGCCAGGAGGCAGGCACAAGCACUGUAAAAGCAAUGGCAUUUAGAGAAAGUUGCCUCAUGGAUACACCUUAUUAGAAACAUGUUUGGAAAAAUGUUGUCCAUUUGUAAGUUAGAUAGUCACAACAGUAUCUGUCAGUGGGGCGGGUACAUAGAUAGCCACCCAGGUAAACCCAGGCAGUGAAGUAGUAAUUUAGUCUGCUUGUCCCUCCAAGCAUCCUUCCACAGUCAUAUAGAUACAGAAACAUGGUCUGUCAUUUUUAUCUGUGUUCAGAUCAGCUGAUAAAAGGUUCCUAAGUACAUUUUAUGAUAAUAGGGUUUUUUUAAAAAAAAUAUAUAUUUUCAUGUGCAGCUGACAGCUUCCUGUUUUUAAGUUUCACUAGAUUAAAGUUAUUUGCAUGACACUUCAAAACCAGUGUAACGGCACAGAUGCCAAAAAGUUGUUAUAACUGCCCCAGUUUUCAUAUUAAUAUGCAGUCAUUUCUGUUUGAAGUACUCUAAUUUCUUUUUCAUGUGUAAUUAAUUGUUACAUGAUUAUUUUUUUUUCCAUUUUACAGUUAACAUUGAAGCUAUCUGUUUUGUGAUAUUAUUGAAGAAGUACUUCCAAUGCCCAUUACAGGAAACUAUAUAAUCACUAGGACAACAUUAUUAGUGGCACUAAAGAACAAUAUACAUUUAAAAACAAAGCAGUGUCUUUGAAUGUCUUGUUCCAGGACACCCAGGAGAGCACAUGGCUGUUACUGGUGUCAAACCUGCUGUUGAAUUUAGGUACAGUAAAUGAGACAAUUGAGUUAAACUGAAGUACAGAUUCUAAAGUUUGACACAGGUUGAAUAUAACUGUCUUGGUCUUGAAAGUUUGUGGAUUCCACAUAUGAAAGAUGGCUUUAUUGAGAGGCUGUGGGCUGAGGAUGUAUUGGCAUCAGAUGGCAUGUUUAAGUUAUUGUAAACUGUCUUUCAAUGUUUUUGAUGUGUUAUGAUACAUGCGGCAAUCUGUACAUCAUACUAAUCCAAAAAAGUCACAUUAGUCACCAUCCUCCACUCAAUGAAUGUGAAGGUAUUGCUACCUUCAAAUUAAAUUUGUGAGGUCUGGUUUUUAACAAGGGAAGUUCGGUCUAUGAUAUGCUCGUCUUUCAAGUAGUUGUAGUUGCAGGAAAACUAUUGCUAACAACAAAGAUGGACGUUGCUUUGUUUUUUUAAAUAUGGUAUGUGAUUUUGUUUUAUUUGCAUUUCAAUCUAUGUUUAGGAACAAGAAAAGAGUAGACAAAAGUUGGUUUUUUUUGUUUGGUUUUUUUAAGUGAAGUUACUUUCAAUGGACAAAGACAUGAAUGCAAUAUCAACGGGUUGUUCAAAUGGACUCUCACUUAAAGGCAUCCUAAGAAGCAGAAGGUCGCAUCCUAGAAAAGUUAAAGGUCAGACAGACUCAUUGUGUUUAUAAUUCUCAGCAAAGACUUGUGUGAGGCACCAAAAAAUAAGGAUUAUUGCCUGUUUUCUUGCCCAGACGCUCAUGUUAAAUAAAAUGUUCAAACCAA